AUGGCUGAGACAAAGAAGAGUGGUACGACGACACGUGACCGAGAUGUGGUGAUGGAUAGUGCAGAUACUCGUGGAUGUUGGAGUAAGAGUACAGAUGUGGAGGAUGCGUUGUCACCGCUCAGUAACACGCCAUCGCCCUGUUUUCUACGGUUUGAAAGAAGGCUUGCUUCGUUUGAGGCGUGGCCUACGCAAAUGAAUCAGACUGCUGAAGAGAUGGCCCAUGCGGGCUUUGCCUUCACAGGGGGUGCCGAUGGCGUGUACUGUUUCCAAUGUGGGGUGUGGCUGAGACGAUGGGCGCCCCACGACGAUCCUUGGGUGGAACACCACAGGUGGUCCCCACACUGUGACUACCUCAGACUAACCGGCCUGGUGAAACACAAGAAGAAGCUACAGCUACACUAUCUCUGCGAGGAGACGGUGAAUCAGAAGAACACGAAUGGCGUAGCACGUCCGGCUGUCUAG